GUUUUUUCCGUUAGAUGGGAGCUUGUGAAUCAUGUUUUGAAACAUCUAGGUCUGCUGUUCCUCCACCAGUAGCAGCUGCACUGCCGGUACAAGUGGUGUACACCAUUCAGGAUCAGGAGGCCGUACCAGAAACAGUGGUGUACCAAGACACUCUGGAUUUGCCCACUGUGACCAUGGCCAACCAGCCUUAUACUGUGACUACCGUGACUACUGAGACUACUGUAUGUCCUGGCCAGACUGACCAGGUUGUUAUUGAAGAUUCUGACGAUGAACACAUCCCCGAGAUAGAAGAGAUCUCCGUGGUCAGUUCCGAGGAAGAUAAUGCUACUUCUAGCUGUGAUGUUGAGAUCACUAGUACAGCUGUCGAGCCCUCGGUAGUCACUACACCCGAGGAGGUUGAUACUACUAGUGAUGGUCACGAGGAGGUCUCUGAGGUACCUUCAUCUAGCAGUCCGGUAUCGGUGGAGCUCAUCCGUACUGCUGCUGCAUUGGAGGCUAGUCAGACUGCACUGGAUCAGCCUGAGUCGACUGUCCCUCAGGGGCUGACCAGUGAGGGAGCAUCCUUUGCUCUAGCCGCUAGUUCUGGCAUCGUACCAUCCCCUGGAGAGGGAUCUACGCCGGUGCCUACGGUCAUGCAGACUAUCAUGACUAUGACGUCUGGUGUUCAGCCUCAAGAAAGCGGCCCUGUCUACCAAACUGCUGAUUCGGGAGGAGACUCUCCAGAAGCUGGCAUGGCACUGGAGCCAAUGGAUGCUGGACCUCUAGCACAGCAAUCAUUGGGGCUUGCUGAGGUCUCGACACAGUUCGAUAUCGGUCUAGUGCCGCAAGUGACUGAUGUGACAAGUGUUGACGAGGUGAUCACUACAGAUGAAGUGUUUAUGGAGAAGCCAACGAUUGAGGACUCUGUGGUGCUCGAGGAGGUCGUUGAGACCACAUCUAGUGUGCCUGCUGGUGGAAGGAAGUUCCCCUAUCUUUAUGACCGUCCUCAGCUAUAUACUAGGCCCGAUGAGAAAGCUGCUAAUCUGGGGUCUUUGCGGAAAUUUCCGUACUUGUAUGACAGGCCAAUUUUUGAGUACAACGAUACGGUUGUGGCGUCAUCGUCCACUAGCAUCGCGAGGCAGUUCCCUUACAUUUAUGAUCAUCCUGCUCUGGAUGCACACUUAUCCUUGGGAGAAUCUUCUGAAUCGCUUAGUACAAGGGUAUUCCCUUAUAUCUAUGAUCACCCUCAGGUUGGAGCUUCCCGAACUGAGGUACCCUCAGCUCCUCUAACUAGUCGUAGACAGUUUCCAUAUCUAUAUGAUGCCUCUGGAGAAGUUGCAGUCAUUCCGCCCAGGGCUGAAGCCAAGGCAGAUGUCAGUGAGUCCAAGCAAGUCCUGGUGAACGACCAUGAGGAUGAGCCUGUUCAGUCAGAGGCGGCUUAUGAACUCCAGUCGGAGAAUAAGGUUGCGAGUGGUUCAUCUGUGCCCGCAGGGAUGGUGGCUUCCGCAGCAGCUCCUAUGGAUGGCACUCAUGAUCAGAACGGUUAUGACAGUGUUAGUCUUCAGCCAGCUGCAUCGACUUCUGCUGAUGAUAGCUCCAUCAAGAACAAAGUUUUCCCGUACCUGUACGAUGAGAUCGAGGUGCCUGCUGGGCACGCCGAUGGGGGUAUUCUGCUGGAGGCUGCUGCCCCCAGUGAUAGGGUGUUCCCCUAUCUAUAUGAUGAGUCGAGCUCUGAUCAAGGCAGUGAUACUGUUAUCACAACCGUUACAACUGUAACGACUAUCAAGACUCGAGCCUCGAGAACCAACAGGGCCUCUAAAACUGCACUGCGGGAGUAACUGUCGAUGUAUGAUGAGCGCGGGGAUCAUCUUUACUAGCUACAAUCUUAAACCACAAUUCUCGUCCUACUGUCACUGUUGCAUAAUCAUUCGUAUAUCUUGUCUCAACAUAAGU